AUGGGUUGGCCACACCCACACGUACUCCUCAUAACGUUCCCCGCCCAAGGUCAUAUCAACCCGUCCCUCCGCUUCGCCAAGCGGCUCUUGAGUAUGGGCAUCGAGGUCACCUUUGCCACGAGCGUCCACGCCCGCCAACGGAUGGAGAAAACGGCGGUAGGCCCCGCCCCAAACGGCCUCUCUUUCGCCCCCUUCUCUGACGGCUUCGACGAUGGGUUCAAGCCGUACCAAGACGACCACAAGAGGCAUAUGACCGAGAUAAAGAACCAUGGCUCCCGGGCCCUCAGGGACACCAUUCUCAAGGCCUCCGAUAGGGGCCGACCCGUUACGUGCCUCGUCUAUACUCUUCUCCUCCCGUGGGCCUCUAAGGUGGCCCGAGAGUUCCACAUCCCCUGUGCCCUCCUCUGGAUCCAGCCUGCCACUGUGCUCGACUUGUACUAUUACUACUUUGAUGGCCUGUUUGGGGAUAUUAGCAGUGAUAGCGUCCGGCUGCCAGGGCUCCCGCGUGUCACCUUCUCCGAGAGUGACCUUCCCUCCUUUGUCUCUCCCACCUCGGAUAAGUACAGUUUUGUGCUCCCGGCCUUCAAGGAGCAGUUCGACACGCUGGAUGCCGAGACGAGGCCUAAGGUUCUCGUCAACACCUUCGAUGAGCUGGAGCCCGACGCGCUCCGCGCCAUCGAGCGCUACCACGUGAUCGGCGUGGGCCCGCUCGUGGAUGCUGAGCCCUCCUUCGGGGGGGACCUGUUUGGGAAGUCCGAGGGAUGCAUCGAGUGGCUCGACUCGAAGCCUGAAUCGUCGGUCGUGUACGUCUCGUUCGGGAGCCUCGUGAGCCUGGAGAAGCCGCAGAUGGAGGAGAUCGCGAGGGGGCUGCUCGGCUCGGGCAGGCCGUUCCUGUGGGUGGCACGACCGCCAGCCGGGGAGGAGGAAGGAGCAGCAGCCCGGCCGGAGGAUUCGUUAGGGUGCAUCGAGGAGCUUCGGGCGCAGGGGAAGAUCGUGCGGUGGUGCCCGCAGAUGGAGGUGCUUGCCCACGGGUCGGUGGGAUGCUUCGUGACGCAUUGCGGGUGGAACUCGACGCUCGAGAGCUUGUGGUGCGGGGUGCCGGUGGUGGCGUUUCCUGUGUGGUCGGACCAAGGGACGAACGCGAAGCUGCUGGAGGAUGAGUGGGGGACUGGGGUCAGGGUGGGGCCCGGGGAGGACGGGAAGGUAUCGGAGGAGGAGAUCACGAGGUGCAUCCAGCGGGUAAUGGACGGAGGGGAGAAGUUCAGGGAGAAUGCAGCCAGGUGGAAGGGUAUGGCAAGGGAGGCCGUGGCUGAGAAUGGAUCUUCCUAUAGGAAUUUGAAGGCCUUUUUCAAGGAGUUGGAGUUGGGGCAUUUGAAUAAUUAG